AUGGAGACCUGUGUGCUGAUACCAAAGGAAUUCUCCCUGGCCCUCGCCAGCGACUGCAAAAGGGACAUAGGAAUUUUUAAGAAUGACACAAACAUCGCUGAUGUCAGGAUAUCAGUGUGGUCCAAUGUCUUCAUACCCAGUGGCACUCUCAUCUAUCCAUUCCAGGGGUCCAUCAGGUUCGAUAAAAUCGAUCUGUACUCCCUGCUCGAUGAUAACGACAUAAGACGGGAGUACGGAUGUUACGAUGAAGUUUCAUUCUCGAAUUAUAAUCUCAAUCAUCGCAAGUGUAAUUGGAUAAGAUUUCUGAGGAUUGUGCAGGGGUACAGUGAUCAUGUGAAUCUCAUUGGUACCAAAGUCAAAGGAGAGCCGAUAUUCGAAGUAAUCAAGGAUGUCCAGCCAGACUCGGAGCUUGUCGCCUGGUUUCUUCCAGCAUCCCACGAAGAUCUUGUCUUCAUAUCGCGUGACGUCUGUUCACGUUCAGCAAUCUACAGGUGCACCAUCGACUCAAUUCUCGCUGAGUCACCGCUGGAUCUCUCCAAAACCCUGUUAUCGCACCAAUCCUCAUCGCUAUCAGCAACCUACUACGAGGUAGAUGAGUACGAGUCAACAUCCGAGGAGUCGUCAUCCUCAACCCUGUCCCUAGUCAGCGAUCACUUAGACUGCAGUAUCUUAACGACAAUUAAACGAGGUGAACGUGUGCUCCUUCCAUGCGAAGUCUGCGGCAAGUCAUUCGAUCGGCCGUCGUUACUCAAGCGUCAUAUGAGAACUCAUACAGGUGAAAAACCACACGUUUGUAUGGUCUGCAACAAGGGCUUCUCAACAUCGAGUUCACUCAACACACAUAAACGCAUACACAGCGGUGAAAAGCCACAUCAGUGUCUCGUGUGUGGCAAAAAAUUUACAGCAUCCUCCAAUCUUUACUAUCAUCGGAUGACUCACAUAAAGGAGAAACCACACAAGUGUUCCCAAUGUUCGAAAUCAUUUCCAACACCAGGCGAUCUCAAAAGCCACAUGUACGUGCACAACGGACUCUGGCCAUUCAGAUGUCACAUCUGCAGUCGUGGCUUCAGUAAGCCGACUAAUCUCAAGAAUCACAUGUUGCUGCACCUCGGCAGAUGCUCGAACAAAAAAUUCAUCAAGUCUGAUAUGUAACGUGGAUAAAAAAAUAGUAAUAAUAAAAGCCUAGACUUACGUACAUUACGAAUUCAUGUGCCAGAUAAACACGGUUGUUGUAGAUUUAAUUACUCUUUAAUGACUCAUUAUUCCCUUAGAAUAUUUAAAAGACGUGAAUUAUAAUGAAUUAAUAGUUAUCAACAUUUUUCAUCUUUUGAUUACUCCAAUUAUUACAAUUAUUGAGUGUUUUCAGUUCUCACGAUAUUUUAUGUUGUCCGUUGCAGGUUUUAGAAGACUUUGUGUUGUCAUUAGUCGAGUCCCGAAAGUCUCACUAAUUAUUAUUGAAAAAAUAAAUCACCAACUUUUUAUCAUCACCAUUAAUCGCCGUAUGUACACGAUAAAUAUACAUGAAACUUGUUCCUCUCUCAUCGACAUUAGUGAGACUCCCAGGGCUGUGUAGAUCAUUACAAUAAUCAAUAAAAUGUAAAACAUAUUUGAAAUACAAUACAAUAUUACUGAAAUGCCCGCAAUUCAUUUUAUCUAACAAACGCUGGUCGAUCUAAUGGAGAAAGGAGAUAAAUAUUCACCUACGAGUUUGUGAGUUUAAUUCAAAAAGUUGUGAUACGAUACAAUAUACUUCACUCUUCUGUAAAUAUACUCUAUUAAACGGAACACAAUUUGGAGAUGUUUAGAUUGCAUUAAUCAUUAUUUUUUCAUCAC